GUUGCCACCAUCAUCCCACCCCUCUCAACCCACCCCUGCAGCCGGUCCGCACGGUCUGCCACGUCUGCGUGAUAGUGCGCGCAUCCCAGCUCCUCCGCGAGCCUCUCGCUCUGCUUCUUGCUCUUGCAGUACACCCCCCCCUUCUGUCCACUUCGCCGCAGCUUCUCUACCCACCGCUUGCACAUGAACAGCGCUGUCUCCUCCACCUUGUCGCGCUGACACCAUGACACAAAGUACCGCGCGUUCGCCCGCACUGUGCUUGCCCUGAUGUACGUUGCCUGACGCACAAGCAUGCUUGCUUCUAGCUCUCCCUCUUGCAGCGGCGGCAGCGUUGCUGUCAGCAUCACCAGCGGGCUCCCAAGAAGCCGCAAGUUCUUCAUUGCCAGCAGCUUCUCCCGCCAGUUCCUUGCUGUGAACGCUAGAUGGCACUCGUCGAUCACAAUCCGGUGCAGCAGCCCCUUUGCCUUCAGCAUCCGCGCGUACCCCAGAAAAUUGCCAGCGCUUGUGAUGUCGCCAGCUGCGUCUGCGCUGACCACCACCACUGACGCUGGGUUGCUCUCGCCGUGCUUCCACUCCAUGCACUCCACGCUAGAUAGCUGGAUCUGCCUGACCAGAUCCUCAAUUAGCGCUUGGUACGGCACAACGACCACUGUCACCCCUGGCCCCUCCACGCAAGCUGGCACUGUGAACAGCAAGCUCUUGCCUCCGCCCGUCGGGAGUACGACAAUCAGCAGCGUCUGCUUCUCUAGCACCGCCACCUGCUGCAGCCCCCGCUGGAUCGCCUCCGCCCGCGCGUCUGCAACCCAGACCUCCUUCUCUCUCAGCAGCCCAGCGAGCCCCGACGACAUGCUGAUGCUCAUCAGCCUCUUUGCUAUCCUGCUCGGCCCCACGUACUUUGUGCUGCUGCUGUCCACCCCUAAGAAGCGGUGCCAUGCUACGCUCAGCAGCCGGAACGCAUCGAUCGACCGCACGCUGAGAUGCUUCACAAUAUCCAUUAGCACGCUGUAGUUGCCUACGCCUAUUGCAGUUGUGCGCGAGUUUUGCAGCUCAAGAAUGUCUUCACCAUCGUCAUCCACUUCUGCCUCUUCCAUCUCUCCUACGUUGUCUUGAUAGCCCUUGCUGAACGACUCUCCCACGUACACCCGGCCAAUCCCCACCGCUGCGUGCCGGUAGUCGAGCGUGUGCAGCGGCACUCCAAGCCUCUUGCCAGUCUCUCGCCGCAGUAUCCU